CUGACUCUGCAGACUCAUCGUGUCCUCUUUGUGCAUUGUUUUGUGUGGCUGUAAGUAGUAGUACUUCUCCUAUUGUUUUAAUAUAGUCCCCAUUUUCUUGAACCUGUUUGUUGUGCUCCUUGUUUAGGGCAUUUACCAGUGUUGCAUUACUUUUUUACAGCUUUCUGAUAGUCUCUCCAUGUAAUCAUUGCUUUUUUAGUGCCGCUCAGACCUUGCAUGAAUUCAAAUCAAACCCCUCUUUGUAAGUUUCCUUCUUCCAGUUGUUAAAACCCAAUUGUGUCUCAGACUUUGGGAGGGCUAAAAUGCCUGCAGGCGUAACAAAACACAGAGUCCGAUUUUUUUGAAUAUUCAAGCCAGGGGUGGAUAUGGUACCAGGCCGCCUUGAAGCUCCUCCUCUGGUCCCCCAUCAGAGUUCUUGGGUAUAAGUUCAUCAUUGGCUGCACCGGUGGUUCCUCCCGGGAUUUGGUGAUAUCUGCCAAAGAAAAAAUAUAUAUAAUUAAAAGUAUCUAUUUGGGUAAUUUGAGAUAUACCAUUGCCAUCAGGCAACUUCUGAAAUCCAUCUGAUAUCUAUAUCACAAGCCCAAUAGCAUGUUAAAUAAGAAUUCAUUUCAAUCACAAACCGACUAAUUUCUAUACACCAUAUAAACUGACUAAUUGCACUGCUUUACAAGUAACCACAGAUGUAUUCAACAUUGCAAACCUGACGGUCCACUGCUUGUGGACACACGAGGCUCCUCUGUUGGUGUCUCACUCUCAGCCUCAGCCUCUCCAUCUGUCUCACUUUCCUGCUCUACUAUGCCUUCACUCUCAGGCUCUCCAAUGGACAAGUCUUCCUGCUCUCUCUCUGCAGGCUCUCUGCUCUCUCUACUGCUGAACCAUCUGGCUCUGUCUCACUGUCUGCCUUGUCUUUUCUUUGGAAGAAGGACAUGAUGUCCUUCAUUCUCUUCAUUUUGGAGAAAACUAAAGAGCAAAAGCACUGGGGACCACGCUUAUUAAUUAAUUUACUUAAAAUAACUGACUUGCUAGGUAAUUACCAUUUAUGUCUAACCGUUUUACGUUACAAUGUCUUUACGGAGUGUGGUUUAACGAAUCCAUUUGAAAACGGCCUGAGUCAGCGACAUGAGUCAGAAACGGUUAUGGUGCAUUCAAGAUAACUGGGAACUCGGAAAAUACCAGGUCAAAUCAUGGUGUCAGUGAUCUUUGUCGUGGAAAUACUCAUUAUUAAAAAUAUAUCUUAGACACCGGAGCUUGUGAAUUCAAAAUAUACUUUAUUACAAAGUAACAAGCCGAGCUGGUCCCACUAGCGGUUCUGGCGGGGGCCAGUGCCCAUGUGACAACAAUUUUGGACCCCCUUGUGGCCCCCCUAAAUGUGGAGUAUGAAAUAAUUUUGACAUAACACAUUUUUGCUAUCGUUCUUUUUUGACAUCCGUUAUUAGACAGUGGCAACGCGGAACACUAAUUUAACCCACACAUUUUGUAGAGGGGCGACUUUAGGCGGAACACAACAGUAUCGUACCAUAUGCAUCUGUACGUUUUUUUCUAUUCAGAAGUUGUAAGAAAUUCCGCACGAAUACUAUAGUUCAAGCACAAAGAAGGAAAUAUAGAAAUUCACACGAUAGAAAACACAGCAAUUUUGACGGACUGGGUCGAGGAAACGAAACGCAAACCAAGCAAGAUAAAUGUUGCCUUAUCGGCUCGCUUGUCAGGACUGUGGUGUGAAGUUUGACACCAUCCGCCGCUUCAAGCAGCAUGUCCGCAGGAAGCAACAUCAACAGCAAGUGGCAGAGCUCUUCCAGACAGAUGAGUACCACGGUCAAGUCUACUUUGCCCCUUUCUUGGUUCUGGAGCAUCUGGCCAGGAAACCCACAAACACCCCAUAUCCCAUCAUUGGUCUGUGCCUGGUGACAUUGUGUGUGAGUCCAGAGGGGAGGGAUACUUUCUACCUUUGUCACAGUUGUGAGGAGAAGUGUGGCCCAGGACAGAUCAUAGACCACCUCCUUUCUGCUGACCACCUCUCCAACUACUAUAGCUACACAGACCCUGAUGUGUUGAGUUUCUCCUGGAUGCCUAACAUGGAUAUGUUGAACAUCCUACGGCCGCUAGCUGUCAAAGAGAUGGACAAGAAUGGACCUGGAGUGCUACGGGUGCUGGACAUGCCUAAGAGUGUGUCUGUGAAGUUGAAGACAAGUGGCUACUCUAAAGUCAUGCAGGCCCUGACUCAGACUGACAGGCUGGCUGAGUGUAUCAGAGCUGACAGACCAGAAAGGAUGACUAUACAAGAGUACUACAGAGACCCCAACAGGAAACACCCUCUGCUGGGUCUACAGCACCUGGUGGAGUACUGCUGUGAAGAGCAUGGCCAAAGGAGAUCCUACCUCUGUCAGCUCUGCCGCCUCCCUGUCCCCUCACGGAGGGUCAUCCAACACACACUCGGCUUCGACCACCUCUACUGGUACUUCAAGGUGUUUCACCCCUCCACCCUCCUGAUGAAGGACUGUUAUAAAGAGUACAGCUGCAGGUUCAUCGCCAUGAUCCUGGACCUGGCCAAUCAGGUGCAAGACAUCAGUCAGUCAGCCAAUAUGGAGAUACAGCAAGUUGUGUUGGAACCAGCAGUGUUCUCCUCAGUUGAGUUUUCUGUCUACACAGAGGCUCUGAGGAAGUUGCAGACCAUUAGGAGAGCUCGUAAGGAGGGCAGCCUUGAGACCAGCAUUAUACCUGGAGACAAACUGGUUCCUUCCUCAGAAGGGUCAAAGAUUACCAAAGAUGUUACCAUGACUAACGUUGCUGAGGCUGUUCCUAUGGAGACCAAGUCAAGCCCGGAGAAGACCUAUGUCACACCCACAGCUGUUGAGACUGUAGCUACAGCAAGUACUGCUCCAGUUGUUACCAGAGCUACUAGCCAGAGAGGGACCUGUCGACUGCAAUGUCAGGACUGCAACGUGGUAUGUGAGUCUGUGUCGCACUACAAGUUACAUGUGCGUCACUGGAAACACAAGGAGAUGCUAGGAGUUAUCUUUGAACCAGGGGACGAGGACAGUAAAGCCUGCAUCCCAUCCUUUACCUUGUAUGAGUACAUCCGGAACUCAGAAAGAACUGAACCAAUUAUUGGUGUCUAUCUGUUGGUGAUGUGUUUGAGUACUGAGUGUUGGAAAACGCCCUUCUACCUGUGUCACACCUGUCAGGAGAUAAUCCCUGCCAAUCUCGUCAUGACUCACCUCACCUCCACACUCCACCUUCGACGCACCCUGAUGUACCAGAGUCCGCAGUGUCUGCCAUUCGGGUGGGGGACAGAGAUGGGCCUGGAGGUCCUGAAGACUUUGGCCUGGGAGGAGGAGAGAGUCCGAGGAGAGAGAGACAAUGUACUGAAGGUGUUUGAUAUUCCUGACAGUGUUUUCCACAGCAUUAAGAUGUCCUCCUACUCCUCUGCCAUGAAGAAACUCAAGAACUUCCAUCGUUAUCUAAAAGUUGACAGGCCGCUGACGUUUUCCGCCCAUCUGAAAAACAAAGACCGGAGGAUUCCUAUGCUGGGUCUGCAGUUCCUGGUUCAGUACAGUGUUACUAGGGCCGGGGCCUCGUCUCCAGGCUGGGGCUUCCUGUGUUUGUUGUGUGAGAGGAAGUUGUCAGACGGACUCAGCAUCGCUCACAUACACAGCUAUGAACAUGUCACCACGUUCCUGGAGCGUGCCCAUCCAGGCUCUGUGAAAGAGGUAGAGGAGUCUGAUAAGAGGAGCGAAAUACUGCUGGACCUGGCACAACAGGCUGAGAAAAUACAUGCCAUGGGGUGUCUACAGUUCAUGAUGUUGCAACGCUACAUCGGGGAGUCAGUCAUCUAUGAGAAAGCCUUAGUGAUCUUGAAGGCGAUCAAGAAGAGGGAGAACAUGGGAGACCUGAUGCCCCUGCUACCACCUGGCAAGAAACUGGUUCCCUCCAGUUCGAUCAGAGACCAGAGCCAGACUACCCCAGAACCUGCCCCUACAUCUGUAGGAGAGGAGAAACAGACCAGGAAAGAGAAUGACAAAGACAAUGAGACCGAGAUGGACAGAGAGGCCACCCCAGAAACCAUUCAAAUGACCCAGGAGACUGGGGUGGAAGUGGACAAACGCAUUGGCAAAGAAACCUGCAGUGACCCCAGUACAAACACUGGCAGAGAGACCAGUAAAGACACUGGCAGAGAGACCAGUAAAGACACUGGCAGAGAGACCGGUAAAGACACUGGCAGAGAGACCGGUAAAGACACUGGCAGAGAGACCGGUAAAGACACUGGCAGAGAGACCGGUAAAGACACUGGCAGAGAGACCGGUAAAGACACUGGCAGAGAGACCGGUAAAGACACUGGCAGAGAGACCAGUAAAGACACUGGCAGAGGGACCAGUAAAGACACUGGCAGAGAGACCAGUAAAGAGACUGGCAGAGAGACCAGUAAAGAGACUGGCAGAGAGACCAGUAAAGAGACUGGCAGAGAGACCAGUAAAGAGACUGGCAGAGAGACCAGUAAAGAGACUGGCAGAGAUACCAGUAAAGAGACUGGCAGAGAGACCAGUAAAGAGACUGGCAGAGAGACCAGUAAAGAGACUGGCAGAAAGACCAGUAAAGAGACUGGCAGAAAGACCAGUAAAGAGACUGGCAGAGAGACCAGUAAAGAGACUGGCAGAGAGACCAGUAAAGAGACUGGCAGAAAGACCAGUAAAGAGACUGGCAGAGAGACAAUAACAAAAGCUAGUCAAGAGACCAGAAAGGACAGCAGGAGCAGAGGGAAAUAUAAGGAGGCGGAAAAGAUAAUCAAGGAGAUGGAGACUGGCAAAAAAGAGACCAGUACAGAGACUGUCAAAAAGUUAGGGAGUAAGACUAGAAACGUGACAGUCCAUGAGACCAGCAAAGACACUGGGAAAUUGACCAGUACAGAGACUGUUAAGGAGACUGAGAGAGAGACUAGCACAGACAUGGAGAGAGAGACCUGUAGAGCUGUUAGUAUAGUGGCCAGUAGAGCCAGCAAUAGAGAAACCAAAAAAAAGCCAGAGACUUGUAAAACACCAGAAAAGAAGACCAAUACUCAGACUGUGAAAGAAAAAACUAAAGUGACUCCUCCCCCCAUCUCCCCUCCAACCACUAAUCUGUGGGAUUUCCUGAAGAGGCAGAACCGAGGAGCUGUGAUUGGUCUGAGUGCACUCAUUGAGUGCCACAGUCACGGCCAGCCCCCCCUCUACCUCUGCCAGGUGUGUGGGUGUAAAGUCUUCCAGAACGCCAUCAUCGUCCAUGUAACCACAGACUGCCACCGACUUUCCUACCUGAGGUCGCUGAAGACAGUGGUUGUCCCCAAAGGGAACCAGCUCCAUAAGAAGUUGAGGAGAGCUGCCUUGAAGCUGGAGAAGACCAUGGGAUAUGGAGAGGCUGAGGUAACGGAGUUGGAUGCAGACACUUACAAUUUUGUUGCAGAAAGAUCCUUUGCCAUUGGCCUGAACAUUGUAAUGCAGGUCAUAAAUGGUGACCCUUCACCUGACCCCCGACUGUUGGUCAGCCCUAAACCCCCUGACCCCUCACCCCAGGUCAGCCCUGACCCCUCACCCCAGGUGUCAGAGGUCAGCAACCCCACCAUGACCUCUACAGCUCUGUGGUCCUAUCUGAAUGCCUCCACCAGGACACAGCCUGUCAUCGGUGUCAGUAUGUUGACAGAGUUGCCAGACAGACAUGGUGACUACUUCCUCUGCCGCUGCUGUUCUCACAGGAUGUUUACGUCAUCCCUCAUUGGACACCUAAUCUCUGCUCGACACCGCUACCACUACAUAAAACUAGUGUACCCUGAGCUGGCUGCUGAUUGGCCAGUGAGCCCAGAGCUGACGGUGAAGGCGGGGCCUCUUCAUGAGGAGCUGAGAGUGAGAGCUGCAGAACUGGAGGCACAGGAGGGACUAGGACAGCUCACGGUGGUAAAGAGAGAACCUGCUGCUGGAGACACAACCACUACCAAUACUGAAGGGACUGCCCAGCAGAGCCAGAACGGCUCACCUCCUCUCACUGUGAAAGAGGAACCGGUUGACUCCACAGUACCGUCUCAGCCCCCUAGAAGAGAAAAGAGGAACAAGAGGAGGAGCAAACCUGUGGUUGGUGUGAACUUCCUGGUCCAGGUGUCCCACAGGAGAAGGAAACAUUACUACUGUCAGCUAUGUUCUGUCAGGAUGAAACACGCUAUUGCUGAUCACAUGACCAGCCUCAGCCACCGACACAACUAUGUGAGGUUGAAAUACCCUGGUUGGACCUCCAGCCCGGUAGAGAUGGAGAAGAAGCUGUUCAAAAUGGCCGUUCACCUGGAGAAGGUCGACAGAGACGCAGGAAUGGGCAUGCAGAAGAUAGAAGUGGAAGCUGAUGAGUACAAAGAGCUGUUGUCCUUUCCUGUGGAGGAAGGUGUCAGUAAACUGCAAGCCAUCAUCAGACGGCAACAAGAGCCAUGCGAUCUGAGGCACACAGCUCCCUCGACCAAUCACAACCCAGAGGAUCUGAGACAGACAGCUCCCUUGUCCAAUCUCGAUGCAGCCCAAUGUCCAGCUCAAGGUAUGUGUGGGGCAGAGUCACGUGAGACCGAGGGAGUGUGUCCUCUCCCUGUCAGUCUAUCAGAGGAGGAGAAUGACCAGACGCUCCUGGUUCAGAUCUCAAUGUUUUUGGGAGAAGACCAGGAACCCCUACAAGUACCUUCCCCGUUCCUCCAGGAUCAGCCAUCCCUUACUUCCAUCCCUCUCCCACUCUCUACGCCUCACCCUAUCCCCCUCUCUUCCUCAAACCCUCCCUCCCUCUCUCCCUCAAACCCCUUUUCUACCUCUCUUUCCACAGUUGUCCUAUCUACCUCACCCACCCUCUCUUCCUCCAUACCAUCCCACACCCCCUCGUUGUCCACAGAGAAGACGACACACCCCUCCCCUGUCUCUGUCCCUGUUCCUGCACCUCUCUCAGCUCUGAGGAGUUCAACACAUUUGAAGGACUGGGAGACUUCUCUGAGUCCAGAGUGGUGGGAGAGGAAGAGCCCAGAAUGCAGAGAGACGCAGACGCUUCUAGAAAUACCAGACAGACACACUCUUCUGGAAUACUCGGACAGAGACAGACAGAUUGAAUACUCAGCGAGAGACCGACAGACUGCAUACACUGAGAGAAACCGACAGACUCAUCUAGAAUACUCAGAGAGAGACAGACGGGCAGACUACUCAGAGAGAGACAGACGAGCAGACUACUCAGAGAGAGACAGACGGGCAGACUACUCAGAGAGAGACAGAUGGGCAGACUACUCAGAGAGAGACAGACGGGCAGACUACUCAGAGAGAGACAGACGGGCAGUCUGCUCAGAGGGAGGCAGACGGGCGGACUACUCCGAGGGAGGCAGACGGGCGGACUACUCCGAGGGAGGCAGACUGGCGGACUACUCCGAGGGAGGCAGACUGGCGGACUACUCCGAGGGAGGCAGACGGGCGGACUACUCCGAGGGAGGCAGACUGGCGGACUACUCCGAGGGAGGCAGACGGGCGGACUACUCCGAGGGAGGCAGACGGGCGGUCUACUCCGAGGGAGGCAGACGGGCGGACUACUCCGAGGGAGGCAGACGGGCGGACUACUCCGAGGGAGGCAGACAGGCGGACUACUCCGAGGGAGACAGACAGGCGGACUACUCAGAGGGAGGCAGACAGGCGGACUACUCCGAGGGAGGCAGACAGGCGGACUACUCCGAGGGAGGCAGACGGGCGGACUACUCCGAGGGAGGCAGACGGGCGGACUACUCCGAGGGAGGCAGACGGGCGGACUACUCCGAGGGAGACAGACAGGCGGACUACUCCGAGGGAGGCAGACAGGCGGACUACUCCGAGGGAGGCAGACAGGCGGACUACUCCGAGGGAGGCAGACAGGCGGACUACUCCGAGGGAGGCAGACAGGCGGACUACUCCGAGGGAGGCAGACAGGCGGACUACUCCGAGGGAGGCAGACAGGCGGACUACUCUGAGGGAGAACUGGACGAAGACCAAGAACACACACAUCAUCACAGUGAACACACACAUCAGCACAGUGAACACACACACUUCGAGCAGGCCCCAGCAAGCUGGCUCAGUGUUCCACAGGUGUAUCUGCUGCCGGACACACCCGCAGCAAAGAGGGUUGUCGGCCCCAGCCACCUGUCCAAAUACCUGAAAGUGAAGGGCCUUCACAACACAGAACCGAUCAUAGGUCUGGGCAGUGUGGUGGAGUGUAGAGGCAUCUCCCAGGCUACGUUUUUCAUGUGUGUGAGCUGUGCUGAGACUCUCUCCAGUACACACAUCUGUGAACACAUCAUCAGCGCGCAACACCAGCAGUGCUACAUGUUUUCCCAGUAUAGUCCUAUGCGCUGUGAUUGGUUGAGAGAGCAGCAGCAGCCUCCGAGUCCACAGCUCCUCAGGAAGGUUGCUUCAGCACUGUCACAACUGGAGAUGGAUCUAGAUGCACAGGUGAUGCUGCUGGAUCAGAUGUGGUAUAACCUUGUGCAGUCAGCUCCAUUCUACGAAGCCAUGUACAUGCUGCAGGAACAGAAUCAGAAUGCCCUGUGUCUACACACAGCAAGCAGACAUCAGCUUUUUCCCCCAGUUGGUCCUGACCCAGCAACAGAGCAGGGCUUUGACCAGAACUACAGAGUGAUGGAUAAACUGACCAUGGAUCAGAUUGAGCCGCAUCACCCCCUGCAGACAGCAGAUACAGUGGCUGGUAAGCUGACUGGAGAUCAGCUGGAGUCAGGCCAGUGCAUACAGACCGCAGACAGACGGCCAGAUAAUCAGAACCCGGAUCAGCCCCAGUGGAGCCAGAGGUCAGAGAGAACAGAGAUGGUCCCUGAGCCAAUAAGAGCCAAGACACCACAUAAUUCUGAGCCAAUCAGAGACCAGACACCACAGAACAUUGAGCCAAUCAGAGCCAAGACGCCAAAGAAUUCUGACCCAAUAAAAUUCCAGACACCACAGAACACUGAGCCAAAAAGAGCCUGGAUGCCACAAAACUCCUCAGAACCACAUCUGGACCAAGACAACACAGUCAUUGUCAAACAGGAGCCUGUGGACCCCAAGGUGGAACCUCAGCCCCAUCCUCAUACCCAGCCUGAGGUGGACCCCUUAAAGGAUUCCCUGUAUGGACACAGAGUCCAAUUCUCCCCAGAUGUACAGAACCUGGCUGGUGUGUGUGAGGUGGAGUACCAGGGGACCGUCCUAGGACACAGCCAAGAGGUGACACGAAAAGGAGGGGCCACAGAGAACUCCCUUCACCCCACCAAGAACCUGAGAGACUCCGUCAACAACAGCCUGCCUUUGGUCGGUCUCAGUGCAAUGAUAGAGUGUUGCAGUGAGGGCCAGGUGUCCUUCUACCUGUGUGUGUCGUGUGGCAGCAAAAUUGAAAAAACUCUACUCAUCAGCCACGUCCUCAAAUACAGACACCGACAGCUGUACCUGACAAUGAGGUACCCGUGGUAUUUCCUUGGUGUGGUACCAGCCCGAGGGUUGGCAGAACAGUCCAGACUGAUGCAGAUUGCUAAGGAGGUGGAGGAGCAGAACCAUGAUGAGCCUGGCACGCUACAGGAGGUGAUUCUGGCCCCUGCUGACUUUGACGAGAUCAAACGGAUGCUGUUUGAUAAAGCUCUAUCCCGUUUGCAGGAGAUCUGUAGAGAGCAGAACCAGACUGAACUCCUCACCAUGGUCACCAGCAAACCUGAACCAAUAGUGGUCAAGCAGGAGAUUGUGGAGUGCCAGGUGGUCUCCCAUCAGGCCUUGGGGCAAUUCCUACCGCCACAGAGAUGUAGGAGAAACACGGGAAAACGUUGUUCUAACGUUGAGGGGUCAGAGGUGAGGGGUCAGCAGCAGGUGAAGAAGAGAAAGGUGUCUAGCCCCCCUGAGGGUCACACUGCCCCUGUCAUCUGUCUAUCAUCUCCUGAAGUCACCAAGUCUUCUGAAACACACACUGUCAACCAGACACACACCAUCACACCCUCAUCCACACAAUCCAACACUAAGCCGAAACUCACAAACACACACUCUGACUCUCAAACUAAACUUAAACCUUCACGCACACACCCCAAACCCAGUUCAACAGCCCCAGAAUAUACUAGACCCAAACUCAUUCCCCAUUCUGCCACCAAGCCCUCCGGUAUCCCUGCCGACAGCCUGACUGUUGCCAAAGAGUCCUCUAGCAUGAAACCCACUCACACACUGUGCAAACCCACACACACACUAUCCAAUAGCCAGAAGCUCACUGACAAACAUUCGGACAAGAAUGAGUCUCAGAAACAUACUGAAAAGGCUAAACCUACUCGCACACACAGUGAACGCACACACAGAAACCGCACACACACUCGCAAACACAGUGACCUCACACGCACUGACAAAGCCAAAGACGGGCACAGUGACAGGACCAAACGCAGACACAGUGACCGAAAACACACUAACAGACAUUCUGACCACUCACGCUCUCACACCCGCUCUAAGAGACAUAAUCGUAGCUCCAGCCGUUCCUCCAAAGCCUCCCCCAGAGCUAGUCCCUCUGAGCCCCCCCUGCUCUCCCCCUACUCCCCCGCUGCAUUCUCCCCCACCAGAGCCACUUCUGCGGCGAGCCUAAGCCAGGUCAAACCCAGCCAACCUUCCUGCCUAGUCAACAAACAACUACCCAAACAGUCCAGCCAACCAACCAAGAGACCUCCCAACCCAACCUCAGCAGUCAGACCUCUCCAGACCCAGGCCAACCCUCCCAACAACACCUCUUACCCCCACCUGCACCCAGCAAGAACCGGACCCAUGACCCCCCCACUCGGACCCAUGACCCCCCCACUCGAACCCAUGACCCCCCAACCCCCGGCCAUCCCUCCCUGCCUCACUCCUCCACCUCCACCCCAGCCAGAUCCAGUCUACGCCUCUGGGGUUAAGGAGAAGACUUCCAUCGUAGACUGUGAUCAAUUUGUGGAAUACUUUGUCUCUUUGUUGCGCUCCCCCCACUUUCCUCCUGCCCUAACCACCCCAGAGAGUGCAGAGAGCGCUGAGGCUCAUACCAGGGCAACAGGCCCUAACCCUGGAGGGGAGAAGAUGAGGGGUGACUCAAAAGGUCAUGCCAUCGCCAUAGUGGCGGCAUUACCCAACCCGCUAAAAAGGAAGCUAUCCCUACAGGAACCCGAGGACAGAGACCCCUGGAACUACGAGAGCCGACAGUUCACUCCCAACUCCAAACCUAACCCCAACUUCAAACCUAACCCCAACUUCCAGAACCCUAACUCUAACCCCAACUUCCAGAACCCUAACUCUAACCCCAACUUCCAGAACCCUAACUCUAACCCCAACUUCCAGAACCCUAACUCCAACUCUAACCCCAACUUCCAGAGUUAUACCCCCACUACCAAUGCCACACUAGCCCAGGGGGGUUACACUGGAGGGGUUACAAUUUCCUCUAGCCCUAACCCCACUGACCCACAGCCCCCAGAGAUUCUACCUGGUUACACCUACCCUGGUUACACCUACGCUGGUUACACCUACCCUGGUUACACCUACCCUGGUUCAGGUUACGCUGGAGUUGUCAGUGUUAGUCAGUUCACUUCCAACUCCUCCAUUAACCCUAUCCCCAGCGCCAGUAACACACAGUCACAGCCACAGGCAAGGUGGUCUGGGGGCAACUGGGGAACAGGCUACCCAGAGGCAGGCUUUGUUACAACAGGUCUAGCUGGUACUUCCUACCCUGGAGCUGUCUCUUCUGGAAGUGGACCUGGCUACACUGGAGUUCUGCUCUACCCAGAGAUGGGCUACUCAGACAUGGACUGCCGUGGACAGGCUUACCCUAGGUCUGGGACUGGACUCGGUUCUACUGGGACUGUUAUGCCCCCAGGAAGCCUCUACUCUACCACACCAUCUCCAGCCAACCCCAGCUAUUUGGCCUUGACCCAGCCAUCACUUGACCCAGCCAGCUACUCCGCCUGGACUGCUACUGACACCGGGGUUGCCAUUGAAACCAGCACAGCAGAGUAUCUGCCACGCCCUCAGUGAGGACCCCGCCGGCCUGGAUUUCCUUAACGUGAAGCACUGACUGCUGGACAAUCGCUGGACAUUGAGGAGACGUAUACACACACACACAGAUUGAUAAAGUAAAAUUUUGUUACCGAAUGUCAGUUUUAAAAUGAACAUUCUUGGUUUUCCUCUAUUUUGUAUUACUUAAAGGUAACCCUCUUGCCAGAGCUGUCGCUGGUGGCUCAGCAGAAGUAGUUACAUCCCUGUGGGAGGGGCCUAAUCUUGUCAGAAUAAACUCCCAUCCAAUCACUUGAAAGCUGUUUAGUUUCAAUGACUACUGAUUGUGGCAUAAGAGGAGCAAACAAUAUUUGUUUAUGUUUACUACUAUUUUUUUACAUUUACUUUUUUAAAGAUACAAGACAGUAUAUUUUAAUUGCAAACCAAGCGAAUGUUAUACUCAAGCAAUGUUCACCAUUUAAAUAAGGCAUAAAAGAUUCAGUUGAUGUUGAUGUUUUUUUGAAUGUGGAUUAUUAUGUUUAAUGUGAAUAUUAUUUUUGUAUCUUAUACGUUGGUAGCCCUUUACUCUCGUACCCGUAUACAGAUUUGGGGCACUAAUAAGCUCCUAAAGUGGAACGUAGUGGCUUUUCAGUAACAUGCUAUACAUGACAUCAGAGUUGUGGCUGUGUGCCUCACAGCUCUGUAUGGGUUUUGACUGACAGACGUUCUGAACUUCAGCACCGUGCACAACAAGAAGUUGCCCCCAUCCCUCCCGGUAACUGGCCAACUUUUGAAAUGUUUUUGUUGUCUGAGUGAGCAAAAUGCUAUAAAUUGAGAUUACUUGUAUUUUGAAAUAAGAGAAUUUGAGUAUUAUAAUAAAUACCGCUUUGAUGUCAUACAAGCAAGCCAAACACCUGUGAGUCCAAAUGGGCACUUCACAUUUCCAAAUCAUAAAACUCAUGUUUACUACAGUAUCAACGUUUAACAUUGAAAUUAUUUAGGAACUGUGCACACUUUGGGGAUGUGUGUGGCCACUUAGAGACACCAGUUUCCUUACUCAAACCCUUGUCAUUUUUUAGUUUUAUGUUGCAUAUUUUCCAGGAAUAGUCUUGUCAUGUUUCUGAAUGUAUCCAGAGUGUCAACAAAUGCUGUGGAAAAUGCAGUAAAUGUCAAAUGCACAUAUAAUCAAGUGUAAUGUUUGGAAUCAGUCUGGUGUUAGAUGAACUGUUGGACUCACAUAAUCUCCAAACUGUUCCCUUUCAGUUGCUACCAUGGUAAUGCAUAUGCUUUUCAUAUCUCUUCUGUAAGAAACAUUUACAUUUAGCCCUGACCAUAUAAGCCAAUAAAACAAUUCUAUGCCUCGGCC